UUGCUACCAUCUUCUGGUAGCAACUGGAUCUGGAAACUUGUUGCGAUUUAACCAGUGACUGAAGCAGCUAGCCGCUAGCUACGUGAGGAAGCCAGUCCAAUUCGUAGCUGAAGCAGAGAAACUGGCGUUGGUUCCACUCUCCAAUGACACGGAUACUCACCUUACAAAAAUGCGCCUGGUUAUUGACUGAUAUUCGGUUACCCCAGAUUCCCCAACAAUUGUCUCCAACGCAUCGGGGAGCUAACCCUGAUCUGAAAAGCGCAGUAACUUCUCGAUGAUGGAUCCGGAACGCCAGAGGCGAAGAGAAGAGAUCCAGAGGGCAAUGAGCUUUAUCCAGUCGUCGUUGCCCUUUCCUGAACCAGAGAGUUACGAGGCCUUCCUGAUGCAGUUGGUGUGCAACUUGCUCGACGAGGGGAACUGCUGCUUCCGAGACGGCGACUGGCGUCAGGCGGCUCAGCAGUACGGGGAGGGGGUCAGCGUUGCCCGCUACGCGCAGGCCGAAGCCGUCAUCAUCCCGCAUGAGCUGCUGGAGAGCCUCUACGUUAAUCGAGCCGCCGCCUUCUACCAGAUGAGGGAGUAUGAGCGGGGCAUUCAGGACUGUGAGAGCGCACUGUGUGUGUCGGAGGGCAGCCGCAGGGCUUUGUACCGAAAGGCGCUCUGCUUCAGGGAGCUGGGGCGGCUCAGAGAGGCUUACGAGAGUGGAACCAAAUGUCUGCUGACAGCACCACAUGACGUGCUGGUCAUCGACCUGGCCCAGGAUCUGGCCAGCAAGCUGGGUCUGAAGGGCCGUAAAGCCUACGUCAGCCCCCAGACAGAGUCAACCGCCACAGAAGGGGACAGUCUGGGAGAGACUUCCCCGCCCACUGGAGAAAUGUCCUCCAACGGGCUGGAGUCCCUGGGCGACAUGGGACCAGCGGACCUGUCUAACGCGCAGUGCAUCCCUGCCCCUCUGGCCACGCCCAUUCCGGUGAGCGACGACCCAACGACCACGGUGGUGACCUCGUGCACGGAGCUGUCGGAGAGCCCCUGCAGCCAGACGCUGCCGCCCAUGCCGUACUCCGUCCCGGUGUCGGAGCACAUGGACGAGUGCAGCAGCGUCAUGAAGGACGGGCUGGACAGCAUCUUGGACUGCAUGCCAAAAAAAGUUAGUGAGAGUCCGGUUCAAGGUGCCAUCCCCACCAACCUUCCCAACACGGCCGUCGGUCUUCGGCCUCCGUACUCGCCCAGCCUCCCGGCUCCGUCACCCCAGCUCCCUCCAGCCUUCUUCAGCUCCCCCAUCAGUGACAUGCCCCCCUUGGAGUCGUACCCACCAGUGCGGGACCAGGGCUCCACCCAAGCGCAGGACGCACUGGGAAGCUUUUCUACAGGAGCCGCAGAUGGCGAAGGGAAAGGAGUCGCUGCCGGAGGGCUGGACUCGCUGUCUGAGUACACACUACCUGGGGGACGAGUGUGUCACAGCUUCAUCCCUGGAAUGCGCAACCACAGCGCUGGGCACACGAAUGGACCGGGAGGAACCAACCUCUCUCUUCUCUCCAGGAAUCCUCUGGCUGCCACUCAUGAGUUUCGCCAGGCUUGUCAUGCCUGCUACAGCCGAAUAGGUCCUCGAGUGAUGGACUACAAGUACCAGCCGGAGGCAGCUCACCGCUGCAAGAGGGAUGUGCUGCUGUGUCGCCUUAGAAACACAGACGACCCCACCUGGAAGAGGAUCCGCCCCAGGCCCGCUCGCAAUAACUUCCUGGGGGCGUUCGUUCUCUGCAAAGAGGUGCAGGAGCGCCAGGAGUGCCAGUACGGGGAGAACUGCACGUUCGCGUACUGCCAGGAAGAGAUCGACGUGUGGACACAGGAGAGGAAGGGAGCGCUGAGCCGAGAGCUGCUGUUCGACCCCCUGGGCAGCACGGAGAGGCGCGCGCUCAGCGUCACCAGGCUGCUGCAGCUGCACAUGGGCAUGUUCAUGUUCCUCUGUGAGGAAUGUUUCGACAGUAAGCCUCGGAUCAUCAGUAAACGCAGCAAAGAGAACUUAGCAGUCUGCUCAAACCUCACAGCACGGCACCCAUUCGAUGAUAACAAGUGCCUGGUCCAUGUGGUGAGGUCAGCUAACGUGCGCUACAGUAAGGUUCGGCCUCUGCACCCGCUCUGCCAGUUCGACAUCUGUCGCCACGAGGUUCGCUACGGCUGCCAGCGCGAGGACAGCUGCUCCUUCGCUCACUCCGUCAUCGAGCUCAAAUGCUGGGUUCUGCAGCAGGACACUGGAAUUACCCAUGAAGAGAUGGUGCAGGAGUCCAAACGACACUGGCAGAGGCUGGAGCAGAACUCCCAGAAGCAGCACAAGCCAAUCCACAUAUCCCAUCCGGGCAGCAGCCUACCAGCAGGGGGCAUGGCGGGCCUUGGGGGUGGGGAAGGCGUGGUAGCGGGUGGAGUGGGUCCAGUAGGAGGUGUUGGGGUUGGUGGGCUGGUCGGAGGGGCGGGAAGGGGCCGCCCCCUCAACCUGAAAAUGAAGUUCGUCUGUGGCCAGUGCUGGCGAGAAGGUCAGGUCAACGAGCCCGACAAGAACCUCAAGUACUGCACAGCCAAAGCCCGGCACAGCUGGACGAAGGAACGCAGAGUCCUGCUGGUGAAAUCCUUCGAGAAGAAGAAGUGGGUUGUCGUGCGACCUCUGCCCUUCUCGCGCUCGUACCCACAGCAAUACGAUAUGUGUGUGCAUGUGAUGAAGCAGAAGAAGUGCCACUACAUCGGGAACUGCUCCUUCGCACACAGCCUGGAGGAGAGGGACGUGUGGACGUACAUGAAGAACAACAACUUGAGAGACAUGCAACAGAUGUAUGAACUGUGGCUGCAGCUCACCAAUCAGAACAGACGGACAGAGAACUCCGCUGUAACUCCGCCCCCCGACGACAAGCAGGUCACCAUAACAGCAGAUUACACAGAAAACCUGGGAGGCCAGCAUCUGUCAGACGGCGAUGACCUCUGAUGGUCGCUCGUUUUGGAAACGCAUCUGAUCAUCGCUGAGACGCAGACGAAAACGGCGGCGAGCCGACCACGACCAGGCGCGGCCGAACCGCCCGCCACCCUGCCAGUCGGACCACCUGCAAGACGGCAGCCGGGCGGAGCGCACUCGACGUUCGAACCCCAUGACCACAUAUUCACGCACUCAGACAUUUACAUGCAACACACAAACCCACAGGCACCAGUUAUCACGAAGAGAAGGCUUCUGAAGCGAGACCUAAAAGUCGGGCUUUAAUGUUUGUUUUGUUUGUUUUUUUGUCUUUCUGCAGGAAUUCCCCAGCCUAGUUUUCAUCUAACACAGUCUACUUCCCUAAUCUUUAGAGUUUUGUCCCCCUGGCAACUCUUUUCUUCUUCAUAGCACUGAAACGAUUCACAUUCGGCUGCGCUGGUCGCAGUCCGUCAGUCUGCUUUGUUUUUAACGCUGAACCUCCCAGUGCUUCCUAAUGCGAGCUGAAACUGCAAACCAC